CUCUUCCUUUUUUAAGAAAAAAAAUUUCCUUCUAUUUUUCCUCGUCAUUUUCGUCAUCCAUUAUUUUCUUUUUCUGCGUGCCUUUUUCUGUUUGUCUCUCUCUCUAUCUUCAUUGAAGUAAUUUUGUUAUUAAAACCACACCUUUACAUCCCUCAACUCUGCUGAUGAACCCUUGUUUCACUGUGCUUUCAUCUCAAGAACAUCAAAAGCCUUUUGACUCGAAGCCUUCUUCAUCUCUGCAGAUUGGAAAGUCCAAAGUCUUUUUAUCGAGUGACCCAAAAACGUAUUCCUUUCUGCUGUGUUGCUACUUGUAAUAAUCUUAUUAGCUUGCUCAGACUCCUUCAGAGAAUCUAUUAAAACCGAAACCAACUCCACCAGACCAGACCUUAUCUUAUCCUCCUGAUUAAACUUUAAGACUGAAAGAAGGAGAUGGAAGCAGUUUAGGGUUUUUAGGCUAGUGAGUUAUGCUGAAGUUCAUGGAGAAAAAGAUGUUGCUGGAUGCCGAUCAUCUUCAAGGCUAAGCAAUCAGCUUGAAAAACCGUAUCUAUACCAAGAAUCUUCAUCAGUAUGUUUCAGCCAAACAUGUUUGAGAGUCACCAUAUGUUCGAUAUGACCCCCAAGAGCUCUGAAAAUGAUUUGGAAAAGCCAAAUAAGGAUGACGAUUAUGAGACCAAAUCAGGCACUGAGAUCACUGAAACUCCGUCUGGAGAUGAUCAAGAUCCUAACCAGCGCCCUAAAAAGAAACGUUACCACCGUCAUACCCAGCGCCAAAUCCAGGAAAUGGAAGCUUUCUUCAAGGAGUGUCCUCACCCCGAUGACAAGCAACGAAAAGAGCUGAGCCGUGAGUUAGGGUUAGAGCCAUUGCAAGUCAAGUUUUGGUUCCAGAACAAGCGCACACAAAUGAAGGCUCAACAUGAAAGAACAGAGAAUGCUAUUCUAAAGGCUGAGAAUGAAAAGCUCCGUGCAGAGAAUAAUAGAUACAAAGAAGCCCUAAGUAAUGCCUCAUGCCCUAACUGCGGCGGUCCGGCAGCCCUUGGUGAGAUGUCUUUUGAUGAGCAGCAUUUGAGGAUCGAGAAUGUUCGUUUAAGAGAAGAGAUUAACAGGAUAUCUGGAAUUGCUUCCAAAUAUGCUGGCAAACCCUUAUCUACUUUUUCCCAUCUUUCUUCUCAUUUACAUUCCCGAUCCCUUGAUCUUGGAGUAAGCAAUUUUGGAGCACAAUCUGGCUAUGUUGGAGAGAUGUAUGGAGCCACUGAAAUUUUGAGGUCUAUCAGUGGACCUACUGAGGCAGAAAAGCCAAUGAUAGUUGAGCUUGCCGUUGCAGCAAUGGAGGAACUAAUGAGAAUGGCUCAGGCUGGAGAACCUUUGUGGGUUCCUGGUGAGAAUUCAAGUGAGGUGCUUAAUGAGGAGGAAUAUUUGAGAGCUUUCCCUAGGGGAAUUGGGCCAAGGCCUUUGGGAUUGAGAUCAGAAUCCUCAAGGGAAUCUGCAGUUGUUAUUAUGAAUCAUGUUAACCUUGUUGAGAUUCUAAUGGAUGUGAAUCAAUGGUCUGCUGUGUUUUGUGGAAUUGUAUCAAGAGCAAUGACCUUAGAAAUCCUAUCAACUGGAGUAGCUGGGAACUAUAAUGGAGCUUUGCAAGUGAUGACAGCUGAGUUUCAAGUCCCUUCGCCACUGGUUCCAACUCGCGAAAAUUACUUUGUGAGGUACUGUAAGCAGCAUGUUGAUGGAACUUGGGCUGUGGUUGAUGUUUCUUUGGACAGUUUACGGGGCAGUCCAAUAUCAAAGAGUAGAAGAAGGCCGUCAGGUUGUGUAAUUCAAGAAUUGCCAAACGGAUAUUCAAAGGUGAUAUGGGUCGAGCACAUCGAAGUGGAUGAUAGAGCUGUCCAUGAUUUAUACAGACCACUAGUUAAUUCUGGCCUAGCUUUUGGAGCUAAACGUUGGGUCGCUGUCUUAGAUCGACAAUGUGAACGUCUUGCAAGUUCAAUGGCCAUCAACAUUCCAGCAGGAGAUCUUAGUGUGAUAACAAGCCCAGAAGGGAGGAAGAGUAUGUUGAAACUGGCUGAAAGAAUGGUGAUGAGCUUUUGCUCUGGUGUAGGUGCUUCUACAGCACAUGCAUGGACUACAUUAUCUCCAAGUGGUUCUGAUGAUGUAAGAGUUAUGACCAGAAAGAGUAUGGAUGAUCCAGGCAGACCUCCUGGUAUCGUUCUUAGUGCAGCAACAUCCUUCUGGAUCCCAGUUCCACCCAAGAGAGUAUUCGCUUUCCUAAGCGACGAGAACCAUCGAAGUGAGUGGGAUAUCCUUUCAAAUGGUGGUCAAGUUCAAGAAAUGGCUCACAUUGCUAAUGGACGCGAUCCAGGAAACUGCGUAUCUUUACUCCGAGUGAAUAGUGCGAAUUCAAGCCAAAGCAACAUGCUGAUAUUACAAGAGAGCUGCACAGACUCAACAGGGUCGUAUGUUAUCUAUGCACCAGUAGACAUUUCUGCCAUGAACAUAGUUCUAAGUGGUGGAGACCCAGAUUACGUUGCUCUCCUUCCAUCAGGUUUUGCUAUACUUCCUGACGGACAAGGAUUUAACGCCGGAGGAAUUCAUGAUGUUCGGUCCGGCUGUGCUCUACUCACUGUUGCAUUUCAGAUCUUAGUUGAUUCAGCUCCAACUGCAAAACUCUCUCUUGGAUCAGUAGCGACUGUAAACAACCUAAUCAAGUGCACAGUUGAAAGGAUAAAGACUGCAGUGCCAAGCGAGAAUAAUGCAUAAUAAUUCAAGGAAUUACGAUGAUGUCUGCUUCAAGACAUACUUAUAUAGAAGUCAAGAACGCACCUUACAUGAUCCUUGCCUCGUGGUGUUAAUAUGUUAAGGCAGAGAAGUGAAAGCUAGGCACUGUAACACCACCAUGCAAGGAUUAAAGGUUCGGGCAUUGACUUUGGCUAGCAAAGAUGAAACUGAUUAACUCAGACAUAGUAGUAUUAUGUAUUAACUAUGGUGUUUUCGACACCUUCUGUUUGUUUUAGGACUAGGAUCGUUAAUGUGCUACAAAAGUGACUUUUAAUUUUUAAGUUGUCUAAUGUCUACUUGUCUUUUGCAACUGCUUUUUAAUGAGACAUUACUUGAAACAGUCGGACCCGAA